AAACGCCUACUAAAUGUAUUUACCCUAUAAAUAGACAUUACCUUCAUCCCCUGCCUCCUCUAGCAUCAACAAAAAGGGCGCGUCUGUUACUUUGGCGGCAAAGCAAAGUUCUCCCUGUUGAAUAGCAAGCCACAUUGGUUACUAUUUGCAACGAUGGUACGUACAAAGGUUGAAAUCAAGAGAAUAGAGGAUAAAGCUAAAAGGCAUACCACUUUUACAAAACGUAGACAAGGUCUUUUUAAGAAAGCCAAGGAGUUGACCAAAAGAUGUGAUGCUCAAGCAGCUGUGAUCACGUUUUCUUUGGCUGGCAAUAUCUUUGCCUUUGGCCAUCCUUCCGUUGAUGAUGUUGUGAACCGUUAUAUUGCUGCCACGUCUGCACCGGAUAUUGAUGAAGUCACGGUUCAUGAAGAGACGGUGAAGAAAGGAAAAGAUGCAGCCAUUGAGACAAAGGAUGAUGAAGAGACGCGGUCGUUUGAGGUGCAACUUAAAGAUAUGAGUAUGGAGGAGGUAGAGGAGUUGAAUGUUGCAUUGAUGGAGAUGAAGAAGAAAGUGGUUGAUAGAAUAAAUGGGAUUAUUUCGAGUUCAAAGGAUGAAGAUCUUGGAUUGCCAUAAUAUAGGUUUAGCCUUGAACUGAAUAUACUUAGGUACAUUAGUGAAUUCUUUUAACUCUCAUACUUCACUGAUAUAGAAGAAGUCACUUGGAUAAAAGAUGCAGUAGGUCUUUUAUUCUUUUUUGCUCUUUAGAGGGGUCGGGAUAUUAGUGUUUGAUUAGCUCCCCAUUGAUGCAGUUUUUAGUGGUGAAAGAUACAAUUACAAAGUGAAGUUUCUGAGCAAUUGUAGUUACCUUUACCUUAAAAAAAAAAAAAAAGGAAGUUUCUGAGCAAUUGUAGUUACUUUUACCUCAAAAAAAAAAAAAGAAGUUUCUGAGCAAUUGUAGUUACCUUUACCUCAAAAAAAGAA